CUCACCACGAGGAAGAAAGUAAGAAGGGGCUGAACGAAGAAAAGGAGCAUGGCGAGAAACUGAAUGUGUGCGAACACUGUGGUGUGAGCUUUCGGAAGCCUGCCCUUCUGAAGCAGCAUAUGCAGAGCCAUUCGCUUGAGAUUGAAGUAUGGCAGAACUCUGAGUGUGAAGCAUUGGAUCCCAAAUAAAAGAACUCCAAAAUGCGAGAGGCAGAAAAUGUUACCUUGAAUGGAUCAGUACCAGGCAGGGGACUGCCUGCGAAGCUCCAUCAAGUGUGCCUCAGUCACGCUUGCUAUUCUAGGCCUUUUAUUUGCCCGUUGGACGAUUGCCACUCCAGUUACAGAAGGAAAGAUCACUUGACCAGACACAUGCUUCAGCAUGAAGGAAAACUGUUUGAAUGUACUUUUGAGGGCUGCAAGAAGAAUUUUACGUUACAGGGUAAUCUGACAAGGCAUGUCAAGGAAUUCCAUGAUGAAUCUGCUUCUGCUGAAGUUAAGCAACAUGUCUGCUCGGAGCACGGGUGUGGGAAGGUCUUUAAAUAUCUCUCGAAAUUGAAACAGCAUGAGGAUUCUCAUGUUAAGCUGGAUUCGGUUGAGGCGUUCUGCGCAGAACCGGACUGUAUGAAAUACUUUUCCAAUGAGCGGUGCCUCAAGGAGCAUAUUCGGUCUUGCCAUCAAUACAUUAUGUGUGAUCAAUGCGGCACAAAGCAGCUAAAGAAAAACAUCAAGCGUCACAUGCGCACGCAUGAAGAAGGGCCUUCCUUGGAGAGGAUCAAAUGUAGUUUCAAGGGCUGCAUGCUAACAUUUUCAAAUGUAAGCCCCUUCCCUUCCAAAACCCAUCUACUUACAUCAAAUCUCAAUCAACAUAUAAAGGCUGUGCACCUGGAACUAAAACCAUUUGUCUGUGGCAUGCCCGGUUGUCACGAGAGAUUUGCAUUCAAACACGUGAGGAACAGGCACGAACAAACUGGGUGCCACAUCUAUACUCGUGGAAAUUUUGAAGAAUCUGAUGAGCAAAUCCGGUCAAGGCCAAGAGGUGGAAGGAAAAGGAAGUACCCGGUCAUUGAGACACUGUUGCGUAAAAGGAUUGUUCCGCCCAGUGAACCAGAGCUUGCCAGCAAUGACGAGCAUAAUAACUCAUCAUGUUAGUCCAUUCGUUUAGGUGUAUCUCCACGGUAGGUGACUCUCUUAAGGAUCUUGGAAUUAGGAUAUGUUAUUUGUGUAUGAUCCUAUUGAUCGCACGUAGUAGUAUAUAAAAUGUUAAUUAGUGAAGGUUUGGGCACAAAACAUAUGUAUUGUUAAGAUUUUGCCUAGUAGGUGCAAUGGGUUUGUGUAUAUGUCUUUUGUUGGUGCAAUAUAAGUUCUAACUUCUAAUUAUCAA